GUUGCUGUUGCUGUUGCUGGCGGUACUGAAGAUCUUCGUUAAGGUGCUAGUGGAGCUGUCGGCAGCUGCGUGCACGUGCACGUAGAGGAGGAGCGGCACUCUCGAUCUGUGCGCUCGAGUUGCUUCGCCAGCUGACCAGCUACACGUCGCGAAAUGCGCGUCGACAACGCUAUGAGAAAGGAACGCUCCGGCGCUUCUGAUAAGGAUAACUCGCCCUGACUGGAGUACGACGCGCAGCCAUCGUUCUGCCACAGUUCAUUGUUCGGCGGUACGGAUGACGUGCUGGCUGCAAUACCGCUGCAACCGUUGUUGCCAUUGCUAGUCCACUACCAGUGCUAAUUUGUUUUCGAGGCUCGAUUAGCAAAUUGUAAUUUUUAACCUUCGUAGUCAAGUGGCUGUUCCUUCUUUAUUCUAGUCAAACAUGAAUGGUGUUAAUGAUAAGAGGAUGAGCUCACCACGGCACAAAGGGGAUGGACAUUCUUACCAGUCUUUGAUGUCGGAGGAGCUAAUGUUGAAGGAGAAGGUACAAAUCAAAUCACAGGCACUUAUAAUGCUGAGUCAGGAAUUGGAUCAAUGCAGAAUGCAGCGAGAUCGUUUUAAACUGAUGGCUGAGCAGUUACAGGAGGACUUGGUUAGGCGAAAACAAACGACGGGCAAGAAAGUUAUCAAUGGAUUCAAAGCAGCCCUGGACUUUUCUAUUCAGAGACAGGGUCAUAACAUAAUCGAGUCCGACAGUGUCGAGGAAGAUACAAAAUUAAUGGACCUACUAAUAGAAUCUAGAGAACAAAACAAGUGCCUUCGAUUGCAAGUUGAUACGCUAAGGCAUAAGCUCAAAGAGGCAGAGGAAGAUAUUAAAGCGUUACGCUCUAAGAGAACCGAGGAUCCUAAAUUAAUAGCCAAAGAGCUCAUUGAACAAUUGGAAAAAUUAAAUGUCAAAUGUGUGCAAUUGAAAUUAGAUUUGCAAGCUGUAUUGGACGAGAAGCAAGAGUUAGAGGUGGAAAAGGAUGUUUUUAAAUGCAAAGCUCACAGAUUAAAUCAUGAACUUUCGAUGGCCCUCAGUGCACCUAAGCCUGUAGACGUAGAUGCACUGAUCAUUGAAAAUAGGUAUUUACAAGAAAGGCUUCAACAAUUGCUCGAAGAAAAAGAAUUAGUCCAACAAUCUGUUCAAAAAUACAAAAGCAUGUUGGAUAGCAAGAGACAGAAAGGGGCAUUAAAGUUAGGUGGUAAAUCAUCCCUUGGUUCUAUAAUGAAUUUCAAACAAGUGGAACAAUUACUACAACAAGGACCAAACAUAUCUCCUCAAAAAUCGACUGUCGCAUUGACUGAAUUACACAGUCUUUGCACUGCCCUUCUGGAGGCUCUGAACGACAAAAAUUUAGCCUUGGCUCAUCAAAAAAAGGCAAACAAAAUAUUGGCAGCGAGAAUGUGUGAAUUGGAUAGAGCCGUGCAGUCUCCAACGAUGAAGUUAUUAGAAGGAUAUUCUAGCGCGGAUGUUGACAUCAGAUGUGAUUCGACCAGCGUUACAUCUGACCUAUCAGAAGAAAGAUCCGAUGGUAAAGAAUCUGAUGUGCAAUGCGAUGAAAGUUUUGUAAAUGAAGUUACCAGCGACACGCAGAUAGGUGAAAAUAGUAUUAAACAAAGUAUUCAGAAUAAAGAAUCUGACAAAUGCGUCAUUGAAGAGAAUCUUGAAGAUAAAAAGUACGAUGAAAGUUUGAUCGAGCUAGACAUUAAAAGUAAUUGUAAAUCCUUUGGAUAUAACGAUGGGAGUAAUUGGUCAAGAGACAAAGCAUUUGAAAAAAUAGAUUUCGAAGAAUCUUUACGUAAGAGUCUUCCCGAGCACUUAAGGCUUCUUGUACAGAAACAUUUUAAUGAGUUAAAAGCAAAAGAAAGGGAGGGAUCUUAAAGGAACCUGUUUUGUUUAUUUAAAAAUUUAUUAAACGAAUCAUUCACCAUUAUGAUUAUUAUUACGAUAUAUGGUUAUGUGCCAUCCCAAAGAUUUUUUUAUACUAUAUUUGUAAGGAUAAAGUACUUACCGAACAUUGAAAUAUUAAUAAAAAUAAUUAUUUACGAAUUGU